UCUUUUUACUCCCCAAGUUUAAAACUCUGAGGCCACCCCGCCCUCUUCCCUCUCCCUCGCUUAGAAUCAGGUAUGAACACCGACAUUCCAACCCUCUUUCCUUCUUCGGCGCUCCUGAAGGUAACCGGUGCGCGUGCGCACGUCAAUCCGAGGGUGUGUGCGCCCAGUUUCCGGCGCCGCGGGACACCCACGACCGCGGGGCUGUCCCUCAACCCGGCCGCCCGCCCCGCCCCGCCCCCCCGGACCCGCCUCCCAGCCCCGCCCCGGGCCCUCCUCGCCCCGCCCGCUCCGUCCCGCGCCCUCCACCGCCCUCCGGCCUGGGCCCGCCUCCACCCAGCCUCUCCGUGGCUCCCCGGGCUGCCCGCCCCGCCCCCCCCCCCCCCCCCCCCUCCCCCGCCGUCGCCCCAUCCCCCCAGCCCCCACCCUCGGCUGCUGCCCGAGCUUCCUCCACACGCCGUGCAGUCUCCACGGCGACGCGGCGUCCCAGACUCGGAGCCCAGAGCCCAGCGCGAGCAGCUAGCCGGGCUGGCUCUCGGUGUCUGCCCUUCGGAUGGUCGGCUGGAGAGAGCCGCCAGCUGGACUUCUGUAGACAAGACAGAUACUGUAAAGACAGCAAAGAACAGACAGAAUGGCAGAUUGCUAAUGUCUGAUCCAAAGGAAAAAGUGACGAUUGAAUCAAAUGAAGCAAUGUCAGAUAAAUGUCUCUCUGGACACAGACCAAGAUUGACAAGCAAACUUAAUACCCCACCAACACAGAUCUCUCUAAAUGUAGCUAAGACAUUCUCAGAAAAGAAGGAAGUCCCUUCUAAGAAUAUUGAAAAUAAAGUCUCUUUAAAGAAUAUUGAAAAUAGAGUAUCUUCAAGGAGUAUCAAAAGUAAAGAUAUCUUAACAAAUCUACAGUCUGACCUACUGUCAUCUUCCUGCUUAAAAGAAAGCACAGGUGAAGUGAGCAAAGAUGCAGUCACUGUAAACCAGGAGAAAAAUAAUGAAUAUUGCCUUCAGGAUAUUGAUGAUAAGUUGUCAGAAUCAGCAGAGGAUGAUGAUGAUGAAGAUGAUACCAAUGAUGAAGAUAAUGAUCAAGAUAGUAACCCUAAAAAGAAUACUCAGGCCCCACUAGAGUUAAUGGCAGAAUUCCUGAGAGCAGAAAUGGCCCGAGAGUACCAGUUGGCAAAAAAAUUAUGUCAGAUGAUCCUCAUCUAUGAACCAGAAAAUCCUGAGGCCAAGGAGUUUUUCACACUUAUUGAAGAAAUGUUGCUGAUGGAGAAAACUCAGAAUCAUCAGCAAGAUGGUGAAGACAGUGAUGAAGACAGCAGUGGUGAGAGUAAAGGAGAAAGUGAUGAAGAGCUGAGUGACGAGAGCUCUGAUGAGGGUGAAGAUGGAUCAUGAGUGUUGCUGCGAUACUUAAAAGCUUCAUGUAUUUUCAUUAAUGUAUACCAUGCAAAUAUAAAGACGAGAGUGGCAUUUUA